AUGGAAGCGAUCAAGCAGACUUUCGCUAAGUGCAAGGAGCAGCGCCGGGCAGCCCUGGUGGCCUACAUCACUGCUGGCUACCCAACUGUCGAAGAAGCCGUUGAUAUCUUACUUGGCCUUGAGAAUGGUGGUGCUGACAUAAUCGAACUGGGCAUUCCCUUCACUGACCCCAUUGCCGAUGGUCCCACAAUUCAGAAGGCCAACACCAAGGCUCUUGAGAAUGGUGUCACUGUUACUACAGUUCUCGGUCUAGUACGAGAGGCCCGCAGCCGUGGGUUGAAAACACCUAUCAUGCUGAUGGGCUACUACAACCCUGUCCUUCGAUACGGUGAAGAGCGUAUGCUGAAGGAUUGCAAAGAGGCGGGCGUCAAUGGCUUUAUCAUGGUCGAUUUACCCCCAGAGGAGGCUGUCCGCUUCCGGGACUUGUGCACUAGCAAUGGUCUGUCAUACGUUCCACUCAUUGCUCCCGCUACUUCCGACGAGCGCAUGAAGCUCCUCUGCAAGAUUGCAGACUCUUUCAUUUACGUCGUUUCUCGCAUGGGUGUCACCGGUGCCACCGGUCAACUGAGUGCUAACAUCCCCGAGCUUCUGUCCCGUGUCCACGAAUACUCUGGGAAUGUCCCUGCUGCACUUGGAUUCGGUGUCAGUACCCGCGAGCACUUCCUUUCCGUCCAGGAUGCCGCCGAGGGUGUGGUUAUUGGAAGCCAGAUUAUUACCGUCGUUGGCCAAGCCCCUGCCGGCCAAGCAGCCCAGAAAGCUGAGGAAUAUCUCUCAAGCAUCACUGGCCGUAAGUUCGAGCGUGAUGCACAGGGCUUCCUUACCCGUGAGGUGAACAUCAUUGAGGCCGUCCAGAAGGCUUUACCAAAUGCCGAGACCCAGCCUAGCAAGGUCAUCACUGAGGCCGAUGUGCCCAAGGGACCUGGCUUGGGUGACCAGCUCGAAGCGCUCAACUCAGCCGAUUCUCAAAAUGGCCAGAAGCGCGAGGCUCUGCCACCCCGUUUCGGCGAGUUCGGUGGUCAAUACGUUCCUGAGUCUUUGAUGGACUGUCUUGCCCAGCUGGAGAAGGGCUUCGACGAUGCCCGCUACGACCCCAAGUUCUGGGAGGAGUUCCGCUCUUACUAUCCUUAUAUGGGCCGUCCCAGUAGCCUCCACCUGGCCGAACGCUUGACUGAGCAUGUGGGUGGUGCCAACAUUUACCUGAAACGUGAAGAUCUCAACCACACGGGAAGCCACAAGAUCAACAACGCCCUAGGUCAAAUCUUGCUCGCGAGACGCAUUGGAAAGACCCGCAUUAUCGCCGAGACUGGAGCUGGUCAGCAUGGUGUGGCCACUGCAACUGUCUGUGCCAAAUUCAACAUGAAGUGUACCAUCUACAUGGGCGCUGAGGAUGUACGCCGCCAGGCUCUCAACGUCUUCCGCAUGAAGCUUCUCGGCGCCGAGGUCGUCGCUGUGGAUGCCGGCAGCCGAACCCUGCGCGAUGCCGUCAACGAGGCCCUUCGCGCCUGGGUCGUUGAUCUUGACACAACCCACUACAUCAUCGGAUCUGCCAUCGGUCCUCAUCCCUUCCCCACUAUUGUGCGUACCUUCCAGUCCGUCAUUGGCCAGGAGACCAAGGAAGGAAUGAUCCAGCAGACCGGUAGACUUCCCGAUGCGGUCGUCGCGUGUGUUGGUGGUGGUAGCAAUGCCGUGGGCAUGUUCUAUCCCUUCCAAAACGACGCUGAGGUCCAGCUGGUGGGUGUGGAGGCUGGCGGUGACGGUGUCGAGACUGCCCGCCACUCUGCCACCCUCUCCGGCGGUUCUAAGGGUGUGUUGCAUGGAGUACGCACCUAUGUUCUUCAAAACGAGCACGGCCAGAUCUCCGAGACUCACUCGAUCUCCGCUGGUCUCGACUACCCCGGUGUGGGUCCUGAGCUGAGCUCGUGGAAGGACUCUAGUCGUGCUACCUUCAUUGCCGCCGACGAUGCUCAGGCUCUGCUGGGAUUCCGCACUCUUGCCCAAACUGAGGGUAUCAUUCCCGCCCUGGAGUCCUCGCACGCUGUCUACGGGGUGAUGCAACUUGCCAAGACCCUGGGCAAGGGCAAGAAUGUCGUUCUGAAUCUGAGUGGUCGUGGCGACAAGGAUGUGCAGAGCGUGGCUGACGAGCUUCCACGUCUUGGCCCUAAGAUUGGCUGGGACUUGCGUUUCUAG